GACGCUUUCUUAUCUUAUCCGUUAUUAUUGUUAAUUUCGUGAAUCACGUAAAUCCGAUUUUGCAGAAAAAUUGAACCAUGUGGUAGUGAUUCCUCAAAAUGUUAAAAUUCUUUUUAUUAGUAUCUGUUUUGUGCUUUGCCGGUCACAGCCGUGUUAUUUAUUACAAAGGAAACGUCCUUCCGGUACCUUUUAACGCAAAACUACGGUAUGUAGUUGUAAAUCCCCCAGCAGAUUUUGAUCCAGUGUAUUUUGAAGACGCUCCAGAUAUAGAAACAACUACAAGUACCGAAGCAAAUAUUAAAAGAGAAAUAUGUGACGAAUCAGCUACAAAUUUUGGAGAUUGUACCGACACGACUGAAGAUAGUGUAAAAACAAUUUCUUUUGAUAUUACAACUGAAUCUACAACACCAGCAAUUGAAAAAGAAUGUUUAUAUGACUGCAGUGAUAAGUGUGUCCUUUGGGACAACCGAUGCCAGAAUAACACAGACUGUCCACAAUGUUACCAGUGCAGUACCGAAGAAUUCAGUGUUUAUAAAAUUUGCAAACACGUCUCGAGAAAAAAUAAUACUCUAUCUUCAACCAACGGUGAUUUCUUAUUUGGUAGUACUACCGUUGAAAAAAUUACGUCCCCUGUUACUUCACCAACAUUUAAAUAUGUUGAUACUACUGUAUAUAGUACCACUUUUGACGCAGACAGCGAAAACAGAGACGACCUAGUACCUGAUGAUACUACACCAACUACAUUUAAAAAAAUUGAAACGAUUUCUCCAGUAAUUGAUCCUGUUUCAACGUCUAACAAAACCGAUACAACAACAAAGAAAAUAGACAAGGUUGAACAUGUUUUAACAAGUACAGUUGAAAGUUUUCCAAGUAGUACUUUUGACACAGGAAGCGGAAGUGGCGAUGGCAAAAUUCCUAAUGAUGAUGAAGGCGAUGACGAUGAUUAUACAGAAACUACAGAAAGAAAUAACACAGCGCCAACUGAUUUGUUUCUAAGUAAUGCAACCACCACAACAUUUAAGCAUGUGGAAACUGCUACUACAAUGACUACAUUUAACGAAAUUAAGACCACAACAAAGAAAAUGGACGAGGACCAAAGUAGUACUGUUUUAAGUUCGUCUUUUGAGACAGGAAUUGGAAGUGGAAACGGCAAAAUUCCAGACGAUAAUGAAGGAGAUGAUGACGAUGAUGAUGAGUUCAGAGGAAAUAUACAAAGAAAUAACACAGCGUCAACCGAUUUGUUUCCAAGUAGUACCAACAUCACAACAUUGGCAACUGAGAACCAUAUUGAAACAACAUUAACUCCAUUGACGAAUCCUGUUUCUAACGCAAAUAAAACAACGACAAAGAAAAUAGACGAUCAGAAUUUUUUGACAAGUACCGUAUCAAGUAUGACUAUUGACAAUGGUAGCGAAAGUGGUGAUGGUAAAAUUCCUGAUGACGAUGACGGAGGUGAUGACGAUGAUGAUGAGUCCAGAGAAAAUACACAAAUAAAUAACACAGCGUCGACAGAUUUAUUUCCAAGUAGUACCAACAUCACAACAUUGGCAACUGAGAACCCUAUUACAUUAACUCCAUUGACGAAUCCUGUUUCUACAUUUAACGCAGUUAAAACAACGACAAAGAAAAUAGACGAUCACAUUUUUUUGACAAGUACCGUAUCAAGUAUGACUAUUGACAAUGGUAGCGGAAGUGGUGAUGGUAAAAUUCCUGAUGACGAUGACGGAGGUGAUGACGAUGAUGAUGAGUUCAGAGAAAAUACACAAAUAAAUAACACAGCGUCGACAGAUUUAUUUCCAAGUAGUACCAACAUCACAACAUUGGCAACUGAGAACCCUAUUACAUUAACUCCAUUGACGAAUCCUGUUUCUACAUUUAACGCAGUUAAAACAACGACAAAGAAAAUAGACGAUCACAUUUUUUUGACAAGUACCGUAUCAAGUAUGACUAUUGACAAUGGUAGCGGAAGUGGUGAUGGUAAAAUUCCUGAUGACGAUGACGGAGGUGAUGACGAUGAUGAUGAGUCCAGAGAAAAUACACAAAAAAAUAACACAGAAUCAACAGAUUUAUUUCCAAGUAGUACCAACAUUACAACAUUAGCAACUGAGAACCUUAUUACAUUAACUCCAUUGACAAAUCCUGUUUCUACAUUUAACGCAGUUAAAACAACAACGAAGAAAACAGACGAUCACAUUUUUUUGACAAGUACCGUACCAAGUAUGACUAUUGACACUGGUAAAGGAAGUGGAGAUGGCAAAAUUCCUGAAGAUUAUGAAAGAGGUGAUGACGAUACUGAAUUCGAAACAACUUUUCCACUAACUGAUCCUCUUCCAAAGUUUGAAGAAAAUAAGACAAUAACCAAGAAAAUAGCUCAGAAUGAGGAUGAUCAACAGACUACGACCAAUCCCAGAACUAGUUUACCAUGCUCUUACAUUUCAUUUGAAGACCAGUUAGCUAAGGUGACAAUCGAUGGUGUACCUCUCGUCAUUACGCACAAUAAUGUCAGCGAUCUAUUUCCGAACACAACAAUCGAAGAGGUUUGGGAACGGUGUCAUCAGGUAGAGAAACGCUGUUUAGAAGAAAACUGUUAUGGUCAAGAAGUUGUAACUAAACAAUAUCCAUGUGGGAUGAUUUCCACAAAUUUACACACCGGUCGUAUGACGAUUGAUGGCGUGCUAGUAACGCCGGAAAAUAUCACCAGAUUGUUACCAAAUGCAAGAUAUGAAGACGUGUGGACGCAGUGUUAUAGACCCAGAACUUCACCAAAAAUUAAUUACCCGUGUUAUAUGAUUUCAUUCGAUGAGCAAAGAAGCCGGGCGACCUUAGACGGUGUUGUGGUAACACCAGACAAUUUUACAAAAUUAAUUAGAAGUGGAUCUUUCGAGGAAAUGCUUAAGGACUGUUUCAACUACAAAUCCAGUAAAGUUGUACCUUUGUCCACAACACCCAGAACUCCACCAAAAGUUAAUUAUCCUUGUUAUAUGAUUUCAUUCGAUGAGCAAAGAAGCCGAGUGACUUUAGAUGGUGUUGUGGUGACACCAAACAAUUUUACAAAAUUAAUUAGAAAUGGAUCUUUCAAAGAAAUGCUUAAGGACUGUUUCAACUACAAAUCCAGUAAAGUUGUGCCUUUGUCCACAACACCCAGAACUCCACCAAAAGCUAACUAUCCUUGUUCUAUAAUUUCAUUCGAUGAGCAAAGAGGCCGGGCGACCUUAGAUGGUGUUGUGGUAACACCAAACAAUUUUACAAAACUAAUUCGAAAUAGAUCUUUCGAAGAAAUGCUUAAGGACUGUUUCAACUACAAAUCCAGUAAAGUUGUGCCUUUGUCCACAACACCCAGAACUCCACCAAAAGUUAAUUAUCCUUGUUCUAUAAUUUCAUUCGAUGAGCAAAGAGGCCGGGCGACCUUAGAUGGUGUUGUGGUAACACCAAACAAUUUUACAAAACUAAUUCGAAAUGGAUCUUUCGAGGAAAUGCUUAAGGACUGUUUCAACUACAAAUCCAGUAAAGUUGUGCCUUUGUCCACAACACCCAGAACUCCACCAAAAGCUAACUAUCCUUGUUCUAUAAUUUCAUUCGAUGAGCAAAGAGGCCGGGCGACCUUAGAUGGUGUUGUGGUAACACCAAACAAUUUUACAAAACUAAUUCGAAAUGGAUCUUUCGAGGAAAUGCUUAAGGACUGUUUCAACUACAAAUCCAGUAAAGUUGUGCCUUUGUCCACAACACCCAGAACUCCACCAAAAGCUAACUAUCCUUGUUCUAUAAUUUCAUUCGAUGAGCAAAGAGGCCGGGCGACCUUAGAUGGUGUUGUAGUGACACCAAACAAUUUUACAAAAUUAAUUAGAAGUGGAUCUUUCGAGGAAAUGCUUAAGGACUGUUUCAACUACAAAUCCAGUAAAGUUGUGCCUUUGUCUACAACACCCAGAACUCCACCAAAAGUUAGUUAUCCUUGUUAUAUGAUUUCAUUCGAUGAGCAAAGAAGCCGAGUGACCUUAGAUGGUGUUGUGGUGACACCAAAUAAUUUUACAAAAUUAAUUAGAAAUGGAUCUUUCAAAGAAAUGCUUAAGGACUGUUUCAACUACAAAUCCAGUAAAGUUGUGCCUUUGUCUACAACACCCAGAACUCCACCAAAAGUUAAUUAUCCUUGUUAUAUGAUUUCAUUCGAUGAGCAAAGAAGCCGAGUGACCUUAGAUGGUGUUGUGGUGACACCAAAUAAUUUUACAAAAUUAAUUAGAAAUGGAUCCUUCGAGGAAAUGGUUAAGGACUGUUUCAACUACCAACCUAAUAAAGUUUGUAGUGGUUACGGAUGUAAUCCAAUCACAACACCCAAAAGUACCGGAAAUGGAGGUGGAAGUCACAAUGGAGGUGGAGGUAAAAACAACGGAGGAGGUGGAGGAAGCGAUGAAGAUUAUCAAUAUAAAGAUGACGACGAUGAUGGCAAUAAGGAUGGUGAUGGGAGCUUGAAAAAUUUCGACGAUUUUAUAUUUUUAGAAAAAGAGAUAAACUUCAAAUAAAUUAUAGGUAAAUGAAAUAAGCUGUUUAAUAUUAGGGUGCGACAAGUGGCGUUCAAGUUUAUAAAACGAUUUAGAAUAGGCCGAUAGGUAACAAUUUUGUAGUAAAAAAUAGAACAAUAAAAAAAUAAACUAUUUAAUUUU